AAUAUCCAAGAUGUCUGCCUACGACAACGUUCAGACUGGUGGAUUGAAAUUAAAAGGAGUUUCAGAUCACACAAUCAAAAAGAAAAAGAAGAAAGAUAAAAAGAAGAAGAAGAAGGAAGAAGAGGCUGCUUUAAAACAAGAAAUAACCAACAAGAGUGGAGAGAGUAGUCAAACUUAUUCUGUUUCUAAAAAAACAAAGGCUGAAUUAGCUUAUGAAAAGGCCAUGGAAAAAAGGAGAGCUGAAGAAAUUUUAGAAAUUGCUGGUAAAACUCAUAAAGAAAGAAUUAUGGGUUUUAACAGACAGCUAGACAAUCUGACAGAACAUUUUGAUAUUCCUAAAGUCAGUUGGACUAAAUAAGGUGUAUAAUAAAUACUGGUGUAGGUAUGAAGGAUUUCUGUGAAGAAUAUUUACGCUGAGUUAUGACAGAUAAGACUCAAUGUGAUCUGUGAGAUAUAUUGACUCAUUAAACUGGCAAUAGCAGCAUAAAUUCUCAUGAAAAAACGAAAAGAAUGUUUGAGUGAAUGUGAUUAAAUGGUUGAUGUUGUAAAUUUGUAAAAUAAAUAUUUUACUAAACUA